UGAGCUCCUGGUACAAGGGACUCUGAAUUUCCAGCGUGAUCAGGUCCAUUACAUGGCAUCACCCGGCAACCACUCCUCUGCUCCGGUCUCCGAAUUCCUCCUCAUCUGCUUCCCUAACUACCAGAGCUGGCAGCACUGGCUGUCCCUGCCCCUCAGCCUCCUCUUCCUCCUGGCCAUGGGGGCCAACGCCACCCUCCUGGUCACCAUCCGGCUGGAGGCCUCUCUGCACCAGCCCAUGUACUACCUGCUCAGCCUCCUCUCCCUGCUGGACAUGGUGCUCUGUCUCACCGUCAUCCCCAAGGUCCUGGCCAUCUUCUGGUUUGACCUCAGGGCCAUCAGCUUCUUUGCCUGCUUUCUUCAGAUGUUCAUCAUGAACAGCUUCCUGACUAUGGAAUCCUGCACCUUCAUGGUCAUGGCCUACGACCGCUAUGUGGCCAUCUGCCACCCUCUGAGGUACCCAUCCAUCAUCACUGACCAGUUUGUCGCCAGAGCCGCCAUCUUUGUUGUGGCCCGGAAUGGCCUAUUUUCUCUUCCUGUUCCCGUCCUUUCUUCGCGACUCAGAUACUGUGCAGAGAAGGUCAUCCAGAACUGCAUCUGCACUAACCUCUCCGUGUCCAAGCUCUCCUGUGAUGACAUCACCUUCAAUCGGCUCUACCAGUUCGUGGCCGGCUGGACCCUUCUGGGCUCUGACCUCGUCCUUGUUGUCCUCUCUUACUCCUUCAUCCUGAAAGCUGUGCUGAGGCUCAGGGCUGAGGGAGCAGCCACCAAGGCCCUGAGCACCUGUGGUUCCCACCUCAUCCUCAUCCUCUUCUUCAGCACGGUGCUGCUGGUCCUGGUCAUCACCAACCUGGCCAGGAGGAGGAUUCCCCCGGACGUCCCCAUCCUGCUCAACAUCCUGCACCACCUCAUCCCCCCAGCGCUGAACCCCAUUGUUUAUGGGGUGAGGACCAAGGAGGUCAAGCAGGGAAUCCAGAAGCUGCUGAGCAGGUUCUGAGAGGCACCUCAGAGCACAUCCACCUCUGGGGUUGUCAAUGCAGGUCAGGACUUAUUUGUAUGUUGGAAAAGACCUUUCCCUUUUUAAUCCUGGAAUGAAUUCGGAUUCGCCUCGUCUUAAUAUUCUUAAUGAAAACCUUCUUCCGUGCAUCUUUGCUUCCCGUGGUUCCAGAGCAGAACCUCCCUCUCCUGGAGUCUGUGGUUAUUUGGGAAUCUUUUCCCUACCAAAGCCGUGACUGAGGGUCUCCCAACCCUUAGCCCAACGGAGUGGAUUCGAGUGGGAGCGUUUGACCCCUGAGAAACAGAAUAUAUGCAUAACCUUCCAAACCCCUUCUUGUCCCCCGAUUUACUAGGACCCCAUUUCCUCGCCUGUCUCCCGACUCAGCCUGGCAGAGCCCCACGUGGCUUUUUCACUGGAGAAGGUGAAUUGGGUGGAGUGUAGACGUUUACUCCAGAACCCUGGUCUUGGGGUGGAGAGCUAUACCCUAAACACCCCUGACUCUCCUCUCUGGCGCCUGUGUAGACGUGCCAUUUUCUGGCUCUCAGAUCCUCCCAGAUGCUUGUGAAGACUUUCCGUCUCUGCACCCGCUCCUUACUUCUUGUUGUCAUUUUAAAGGAUGAAUAAACUACAGCACGAACA